GAGAGCAAGAACGCCGCCAACGUUUACCGUGUACAAACGGCAAGACGAUCGACUGCGCGUAGGCCAUCAUAUAGGCACUGUGCCUCCUACUAGAGCCUACGAUUUUUCUUUUUUCAACGCUUAUUACACACAAGUAUAAUUUCUUUAGAGCGCGUACAACAAUUAUUAUUUAAACAGUUCUAUGAUCACCGAUCGUUAGAUCCCUACUCAAAAUUAUUCCAAUACUAAAAACUAUAUUGGAUUCAAAUCGUCGAUAAUUUUAAGCAUGUCCGUUACUUCUUUGCAAGUAUUGAAAUUGUACAAGGAGUUGCUGAAGUACGGUUCCAACUUAAAACUAACCAACAAAAACUAUUAUCAAAGACGAAUUAAAGAAGAGUUUAAACAAAAUAAACUAUUAUCCGACCCUAAAGAAAUACAAUUUUCGUACGAUAAAGGUCAAGAGUUACUAAAGAGAAAAUCAAUAGUAUAGUAAUUGUACACUGUUAGUCAUGCAAUAUUUAUACAGAAAAUUAGUGUUGUUAGUUGUUCCCAUCAACGGCGUAAAACAGAAUAGA